UAGCGAGCAGUAGCUAAAGAGAAUUGCGCGCAAUGAAAGCGUUGGACUUGUAUAAAAAUACAUACAUACGUACAUAUGUAUCUACAAACAAAUGUUUUUCUCUCUUUCGCUCGCAUACGUAGUCACAGUUGAUCGCUUGCGCCACUACGCUCAUUCACUGACUUACCGCGCCGACCACCCCACACGCCCACUCUCAAGCACCCACAGCCAAGUAGACGACCGACUGAACGCUAGCAAAAGAGACCUGAACUAAGAGAUACAAAUCAUUCAUACUACAAUUCACAUCCGCCUUUUCAUAUUAUUUGACUGGGAGGCAACGAACCCACAAACGAGCACAACCAUACGAUUAACCAGCUGACGGCGGGCUGAGCUAAAUUGAGCUGAGUAGAACAGCAGAGAAUUUAAAACAAAUGUAUACAGUGAACUGCGAAUAGACGCUGCAAAGCACUUUUGCUUUUAUUUGCAAAUGCUUACAUUUAUUCGCUCGCUGAGCUGCCGCGCUGACAGUAGUUGAUGGUGCGAACGCAGAGAGAAGUUGAUUUUUUGGCUGCUAAAACGUUCGAGUCUUUCUGAUGCACCAUGGAAAACCAAUAGAGUAAAUUAAAUAAGUCAAUUGGUGCUUUUUGGGUGUUCGGUGCUAGCAAACGUUGUCGGUAUUUGCAGGCCGUGAACCGAGAAAUAAAUUAAUUAAAUAAUAAAUAACUGGAAGCAAAAUUUAACAAGCAAAUCACUUAGUGUUCAUUUAGUUGCUUAAAAACAAGAAGAGUAGCAUUGUAUCUGCUCGCUAAGGCGUGUGUUUAAAUAAAAAAAAAAUACAACUAAUACAAAGCGCUUCAGACGCCAGAGGGCCGACAAAAAAGCUGGCGCACCAACUGUGAGCAUAAAACACAAACAAAGUGUUUUGUUUAUGUGCAUUUUACAUAUCAAAAAUUGGGCAAUGCAAAGCGAUAAAUUAAACAACAAAAAUAAAUAUCAAAAAUGUGUUCGCAUCAGAAAAGUGUAAAAUGUUAGCAAAUUUAGGGAGAAAUCAAAUAAAAAAUUAUAAACAAAGUGCUGCGAUAUUUUUUUAAGCAGCGCUGGAGUGUAACCUGGAAACAGACAAAACAUUUUAUUAUUCAGCACCUAUUUAUUAAAAUAUAACAAAAAAGUACUGUCAUGAAAAUGUAAUCCAGCGCAUUUAAAGCAACUAGAUAUAUUUAGUUUAGCUAACGUCACAAAACAUUAAAAGAAUUUUCCAAAAACCUUUUCGCCAAUAUUCCAAAUCACAGCCUCUACUCCAUAUAAAUGCUGCAGAAAACACAGCAAAUGAAGUGUACAAGUGUUGCGGAGAAAAGUAGCAAUAAUAUUGAAUAAUUCAUACUCCAUGCAAGAACCAUAAAGUGCAAAAUAAAAUUUCCCAACAAUGGCAGAAACCGCUAACUCUCAGCUGGCCAGAUGACUAGAAAAGGAGCAGAGGCACUGGAUCACUCCAACAAAAAAAAAGCAGCGGGCAAAGAGCAGAAGGCUUUCACAAAACGACAAAAAAAACAGUUAUAGUAUUAAGGGAAAUGUUAUUUAAAACCCUAUAAAAUUUUCACAAAAACACAAAGUGUUAGCCGAAAAAUUUAACCAACUUGCCAAGUAGAGAAAAUUUUCAGUUUUAAAAUGGAUGAAGAAAAAUUAAAUAUACCGUUAGUAUCGAAAGAAACAGCCGACAGUGCGGUCAUAGUGCCACAAGCUGCUGGUGUAGUCUGCAUAAGUGGUGGCAAUGUCAUAGCCACUGCUGCAGUUGCCUACCAAAAGCAUUGCGCCACACCUACCACCGCCUGCACAGCAACUGAUGUAACAAAUACAACAACAGCGAUGGUAGUUGCGGUUCCGGUAGUGGAUACAACCAAUGUCAAUUUAAAUGUAAAUACUCAGUUAAGCAUAGGAAUGCCACAGCUAACACAGCCAACAACGUUACAACUGCAACAGAAAGAGCAACAACAGCAACAACCACAACAACAGCAACAACUUACACUACUGCCCUAUAGCAACCAGAGCAAUUUGGUUGGUAACCACUUGAAAAAUGGCGCGCUCAGUUACAACUCACAAAGCAAUCUUUGCAAUGGUGGCAUUCCCAGUCAGAAUCAUAUACUCGCAUCGAAAAUAAAAAAUAAUUGCAGUCCAAAUGGCCAGAAGAAGGGCACCGUUACGCUGUCACAUCUGCCACAGCGACCACCUGUCGAUAUUGAAUUCACUGAAAUAUCCUAUUCAGUGUCAGAAGGACGAAGGCGUGGCUUAAAGACUAUACUCAAAAGUGUUUCGGGCAAGUUUCGCAAUGGCGAACUUACUGCCAUUAUGGGACCGUCCGGAGCGGGGAAGAGUACACUUAUGAACAUUUUAGCUGGCUACAAGUAAGUAUGAUUAGUAGAUAG